CGCCCUACCCCGUUAUCCUGUCCCUGGAGAACCACUGCGGCCUGGAGCAGCAGGCCACCAUGGCCCGGCACAUGAAGGCCAUCCUGGGGGACAGGCUGCUGACCCAGCCCCUGCAGGGGCAGGACCCCCACGAUCUCCCCUCACCAGAGCAGCUGAAGGAAAAGAUCCUGGUGAAGGGCAAGAAGCUGCCAGAACUGUGGCAGGAGCCCCGGGGCAUCACCUCCCUUCUGGACCCUGAGGAGGAGGAAGAGGAAGAGGAGGAAGAAGAAGAGGAGGAGAAGGUGCAGGAGAGAAGCCCCCGGCGGUCGCUGCAGUCACUGCAGGAGAUCAAACCUCUGCAGGCCAAGGACGCGGCUCAGGUGUCCCCAGAGCUGUCGGCGUUGGUGGUGUACUGCCAGGCUGUCCCCUUCCCCGGGCUGGCCCAGGCCCUGCGCCACCCCCAGCCCUGCCAGAUGUCCUCCUUCAGUGAGAGGAAGGCACGGAAGCUCAUCAAGGAGGCAGGCCCGGCGCUGGUCCGGUACAACGCGCGCCAGCUCAGCCGCGUGUACCCGCUGGGGCUCAAGAUGAACUCUGCCAACUACAACCCCCAGGAGAUGUGGAACGCUGGCUGCCAGCUGGUGGCCCUCAACUUCCAGACGCCGGGGUACGAGAUGGACCUGAACGCCGGGCGCUUCCUGCCCAACGGGCGCUGUGGUUACGUCCUGAAGCCGCUCUGCCUGCGCUGCCCCCCCGGGGAGGGGUCCCGGCGCCUGGCGCUGCACAUCAGGGUGAGGACACCCCCUGAGCCUGUCCCCAGGCCCGGGUGGGUGCCACCCACAUCCCUGCUCGGUCACACCCAUGACAUUUCAAUGCCUGGCCGGGUGCCACAUGCAUCUUCUCCCAGGUGACACCAACCCUGC